AUGGAUGUCUCUACCUUAAACAAUGUAACCGGUCGACGCAAAAGAAAUGCAGCAGUAGAAGGAGCUGCAGAUGAUUCGUUCGAAGGUGCGACACCGAUGAGGAAAGUCCGUGGUAAUAAGAAGAUCUCGGAGGAUGAUGUUGUGUCUAACGACGUGAUGAAAAAUGUUAACAGUUGUAUUGAAGUUGUAAAAAGAAAGAAAGGGCUGGGAAUGACUAACUGUUUCGAUUACAAGUCACCACUGGAAUUGUACGGAAUCGAACAAAUGAUCGAGGCAAAUGCGUCUAUUCAAGAUAUGUCAGUUGUUCUGGAUACUGCUCAACAAAUAAUCGGCUAUCGAGUAGACCGCCUCCAUCAAGAUGUCAGAGGCUUGGAUCAAAUGUUAUCUAGUGGAGAUCUCGCGCGUGGAGACGGAAAUGACGAAACUGUUCACUUGACGGUGGAAAGCAGAAGAGCCAAAAAGAAAAUGGCGGUGGCUGAUGGAGUGACUGGAAUGAACGCAUAUUUAAAGAAUAUGGGAGAUGAAGAAGCCAUGAAUAUCAUCGAGGGUGAGCCACAACAAAAUGAGGAGGAAGAGCCACCGCUUGGCGGUGAAGCAGUUGUCGAUGUAAAAGCCAAUUCUAAAGACGUUGACCUGUUCCUGGAGAAUGAGGAUGUGGAUGAAGUUAUCAACGCUUUAGUCACCAAUCGCACUGCUGAGUUUCGAGGCUUGAUCGGAGAAAAACACUCCACAUUUGUGACUUCCGAUGAAACCGCUUAUGACAUCAAGGAUGCAAGUAUUGACUGGCUGAGAACAAAUCCAGAGUUCCAGAAGGCAACGAAAGGGUCCCUAGACAACAAUACAAACUCGUUCCAUUCGCUCAACUACUAUGGAAUGCAUUCUGAGAACGGACGAACUCUCUUCCUUCAUUCUCGAGUCACUGACCCAAAUAAGUCUGAUCGAUAUUUCACCGGAGAUGUGUCUGUUGGGCUUGCAAAAAAUACUCGCGUUCUUUUGGAGAACUCAUUGGAGAAAAAGCCUCAUAUUCUGGACAACUACUUGAUGCUGGAGAUCAAAGAACGCCCUGUCAUUGGGACAUACAAAGAUAUGAACAAGGAUUCGAAAAAGGUCCUACCACUUGCGGAGGGUUCUCAUGACAGAGAUCUGACCAAUAUGACAUACAGCGAUGCAAAUAAUCGUGCAGCCAAUUUGAAUGCAACAGUUGUAGGGGCAUCGGAUAUGUCGAUGCUCCCAGGACACCAAGGGUUACCCCUUGCUAGUGGCGAAGACAACGGAUCGAUCGAUCCAGCCAAUCAAACACUUUCUGCAGUUAACCCACUCACGUCUUCUAAUGAUGACUACGUCCCACCAACCAUGAAGCAGCUUGAACUCGAAGAAUCGCUGAUUGGUAAACUCCCGCAUGAUCCAAUGGAAAUGGAUAAGCUUGUGCAAAUCUUUGAAGAAAAAAUUGAAAGUGCAAAAUCGUCUGAUGCGGUUGAUUCAAAAGUCUGGAAAAAUGGUCUACGUGCCGAGGAAUGGGGAGAUGAUGAUGAAGCAGUGAUGAAAAGCGAUACGCGUAGUGCAGUUCAGUCCGGAAUGGAUGGGUGGAUUAAAGCUACCGACGCUUGGACAAACUAUGACGUCGUUAAGAUGAUUGUCAAUCGGGAUGCGCGUAUGCAACUCGACGAAACAGCGAUCGAUGAGCAAGAUUCACACAGAAACCUAGCUCCAGACAUCGGAAAAAGUUACUUUUUAGUCAGAUCAGAAGAAUACACAAACGGUUAUCCGGCAGAUCGGACUGCAGACAAGGAACAACCGGGAGAUAAGGCGGACGUCAUGAAAAUGUGGUCAGGAGAGGAAGACAUUGAUGAUAUACCAUUGGAACAGAUUCAAAAGAAGAUUAGGGAGCAAGAUAAAGACGUAGACGAUGACUUGGAACCUAUCGAAGAUGCUGACUUCGAUGCUGGUGGUGUAGACUUCAACGCUGACUUCGAUGCCGGACUUGCUCAUGCCGAUUUUGAUGAUAUCGUCGCUCCUGUGAUCAAAACCGCAGCCAGUGAUGAUGUUGCUGAUAUAAUCUUCAAUGAUCAGAUGGAGGAAGUAGAAGCUGAAGUUAGAAACGAACGCGACAUUCAAAAAGGCUACGAAAGAAUUGCUCUUGGAAACGAUGAAGUCGCGGAGUUAAUGACAUCUGCUCCACCAGAGCAAAUGGUGGGACCAACGGCGGAAAUGCGAGAUGAAAUAAGAAAUAUUGGAAGAAACGACAAUGCCCACUGGACCGCACCCGAAAUCGCCGAUCAGGAAAAAUUCAAUGCAGUCGCAGCACAGCGCAAGCGUCGUGAGAAGAAGUCAAAGAGUCGUAAAGCCACUGUUGAAGAUUUCGUUCAUUACUUCCGCGACAUCCCAAUUGAUGAACUCGAACGAGAGAUGACAGCUGUAAAAUGCAUCAAAAUUGCUGAUGAAAAAUCAACGUUCUUGACAGAACAACAGUUAUAUCUACCAACACUUGGUCUCGAAAACAAACCUCAUGUUGCCUUUGAAAUGGGUCUUCUCGGAAACAAUGGUCUUUUCUACAAGAAAUCAUACGGCAAGAUUAAACUUGAGAGAAUAAAGCAGUACAAGAAUGAACAAGACAUUUAUAUUGAUGAAACGAAAGGAAAUAAAGACUCGGACUGUCUCAAUUGGCUGGCCACUUUCAGCGGAUUCAAAUGCAUGGAAAACCCAGAGGCUGUUUCUGAUGAGAGUUUCGGUGGAGAUAAUGAAGCGCAGGUUGUUCAACCGUACGAUAAUGAUGUCGAUGAUCUGUUUGAAUACGACAGAUAUGAUCCUCGUCAUGACCAAGAACUCGCAGCUGCUCAAAUGGGCCCUGAGAUGCAGAAGAAGUUUGCUCUGACAACCAAUCAGAUCAGCAAAAUGAUGUUUUUGAGAGAUAUAUUGAAUGAACGAGAGGACGACGAUACGGUCGAUGAAUUCGACGAUUCUUUCGAUCGACAAACUAUUCAAGCCAAAAAUCUUGACGCGGCAAAACAUAAAAAGUGUUUGGCAGAAAUCUUGAAGUCUGACAAACUCUCAAUGCCAUCGAUUCAGUAUGCCCUUGAACAGUUGUCUGUAGGGAAUAAUGGUCGUCUCAAUAACACCACAGUGGUACCUGCUGAGCCAACUAUCCGCGAGACACCAUCACCAGAACGAUCGUUCGAAGCUGACAAAACUCUUAUAUCCGUCUUCGAGUAUCAUUCCCCAACUACUUCCAAUCAUAACAUAGGAGAAAUUAUGAAAGCCUUGACCGAAGUGCCAGAUUACAAAGAGGAAGAAAAAGAAGAAGUGGUUCCGGAUAAACCUACUACAUCGGAGUAUGGUACCGCAAAUACCGAGAAUCGGCAAGUCAAAAUUCGAGGAUGCCAUACUCUCCUCUCGUUGGCUCUUUCUAUGCCUUCCAAAAUGGGAGAAAAUGUACGACCAUCAUCAAUUGUCUCUUUCUUGCUUCAUAUUGCAAACGAAAAUGGAUUGAACAUAAUUCAAGAUCGUUCAAAACGGUCAUGGAUGUCUGAUUUCAUAGUACUCAACAGAAGUCAAGCUCUUCCCCGUGGUCUGAAGAUGGGAAAUUUGGAUGAGCAAAACGAGUUCUGGAAACGAACCCAAGAUCCGGAUGCAAUUGAAGGAGGAGGAGGAGGUACUGAAGGCAACAGUGUGUUCGGUGAAUUGGCGAAUCGGCCUAAAGCAGUUCCGGCUCGUCGUGGAAGAGGAGUACAGAGAGGCCCAUCACCAGGACUUGGAGCUAUAAACGAGGACGAUGAAAUGGAAGAAUAA